ACAUUUUCCAUCCAUGGAUUGGCUUGUUUUGUUCAGUUUUACUUUGAGUGUUUGAGGUUGUCUUUUCGACGUAACAGCUAAACCCACGGCUUCCUUUCUCGUAAAACCAAAACAAAAAGGCUUUCUAUUCAGGUACCUUCUGUGUGUGCACAUGUGUAGUACCUAUCUGGGAUCAAAGCCGACUAUAUAAAGUCCUUGGUUCUGUGUGGGUUCAAACACAUUUCAAAGCUUCAGGAUCCUGAAAGGUUUCGCUCUGCUUCCUGAAGACCCAAUACGGCGCCCAUAAAGCCAUGGCUCGCCUUGGAUUCCAGAGGCAGGGGACUCAGCUGGAUCUGGCUUCCAGGACUUGGUCCUGCGCUGCCCUGUUUUCUCUUCUCUUCCUCCCGGUCUUCUCUAAAGCACUGCAUGUGUCCCAGCCUGCAGUGGUUCUGGCCAGCAGCCGAGGUGUCGCCAGCUUUGUGUGUGAGUAUGCAUCUUCUCACAAAGCCACCGAGGUCCGGGUGACAGUGCUGCGGCAGGCCAACAGCCAGAUGACUGAAGUAUGCGCCAUGACGUACACCGUGGAGAAUGAGUUGACCUUCAUUGAUGAUUCUACCUGCACUGGCAUCUCCCAUGGAAACAAAGUGAACCUGACCAUCCAAGGGCUGAGUGCCAUGGACACGGGGCUCUACAUCUGCAAGGUGGAGCUCAUGUAUCCACCACCGUACUAUGUGGGCAUGGGCAAUGGAACCCAGAUUUAUGUCAUUGCUAAAGAAAAGAAGCCCUCUCACAACAGGGGUCUAUGUGAAAAUGCCCCCAACAGAGCCCGAGUGUGAAAAGCAAUUCCAGCCUUAUUUUAUUCCUAUUAAUUGAGAGGCGAUUUAUGAAGAAGAAAGACCAUGUUCCAAUUUCCAAGAGCUGAGGCAAUUGUAACUUUUUGGCAAUCCAGCUAUUUUUAUUUGUUUGUGUAUUUUGGGGCAAUUCAUCCCUCUUUAAUAUAAAGAUGGAUGCAGAAUCCAAAUUAAGCAUGCUAAAAUUUAAAGCAAAGGAGCAGGAAAGCAGAGUUCAGUCAUGUCUGAUCUAGUUUUAUUAAAACAUCACUUGGGAGCAAAAUGAGGAUGCAGCAUUACAAUGUAAGUUCAAGUCAAUAAGUUAAGGAAUGGCACAGUUCAAAGAAAAAGCAGAAGGGAGUGAGGGAGAAGACUAUGUUGUCCACACCUUGUUUUUGACGUGUGAGACAUUUACAGCUGAAAUGAUCUUUUCGAGUUAAAUUUUGUCAUGUUAUUUUUCUUAACAAAAAUAUAAAUACAUGAAGACUUUAAAAAUACUCACAUGGCUGUUUUGGCCUGUGAUUGCAAAGGUUGUAUUGUACCAAUAUGUUUUUUUUUUUUUAAUCUGAUAGUAUUGUGCAUGGGGGUCACAUGUGCUUUUGCGUAUUUGCUGAUCGUCUGAAUACAAACACUAUAUGGCAGUGUCUUCCCAUUGCGGAUUCUAGGAAAGUUUUGUGGAGGCGCUCAGGACACUAAUACAUGAGGUAGAAUACAAGGUCACUUGCUAACUUGUUCGUAAACUGGAGGAGGUCACUGGAAUACUCAACUGUACUGAAACAUAAUUUAAAUUGACACAGCUUUGGGCUGUUAUGCCAGCUCCUUCCAGUGGUUUGCAAGGAAGCCCAUACUGGUAUUAUCUGUUCAACAGAACACUGUGGUCAAGACGAUGGCUCAAUCCAAGAGACUUGUAAGUGGAACCAAAUAGGAAGCUCCAGUUCCAUGGGCUCGAUUCCUUACACACACAUGGUUAGUGUCAUGGACGGAAGAAAGCAGCAGGUGGCAGAAUGUGUGCAUGGUUUCUGAAAACUAACACUGUUGGUGUUUUUUAACUCAAUAUUUUCCGUGAAAAUGCAACAACGUGUAUAAUAUUUUUAAUUAAAUAAAAAUCGGUGGUGGUCAUAUAUCA